AGGUACCCUAGGUAGGUUGUAAGUAUCGUACCGCACAUCCAUCCAUAACUGCAUACCCCCUAAUCCUUACCCGAACCCCUCAUUGCUCAAAAACGUAUGUAUCGGUUGAGUAACUGUGAUAUGUAUGUACAUAGGCUCCCUAUCUUGAGCGAAAGGGCUCUAGAUUAGAUUAUUUCCGGCAAAUGGGCAGAGCAGUUUUAGAAGAUAUAUUUACUGGAAAGGGGUGAAAAGUUUCGGAAUUUAUAUACUUGUUUAUUUUGAUUCCGACUUUUGAAAAAAAAAAAAAAGGGUUUUACGAAAGGGAAAGAAUACAUAAACAUCACAAUGUCCGUAGCACUAAUAACAGCGGGGAGUGCCGGGCUCGGCGCUGCGGCCGCUCGGGCUUUUGCCAAAGACGGAUACCGGGUCAUCGUGAACUACGCCAACAACGAGGAGCGAGCGAACAAGCUCCUGGCAGAGCUCCCGGCUUUGUCCCCUUUGCCGCAGGAUAGCGGCGCGAACAAUUUCAUCGCCAUCAAGGCUGAUCUGGGUAGCCGGGAUGAAAUCAACCGGCUUAUCCAAGAAAGCGUGGAUAGGUUUGGUCGGUUGGAUGUCAUCUUUUCCAACGGUGGUUGGACCCGUUUCCGCGGUAUGGUUAGCAUCGACGAAAACGUCUUUGAGGACGAAUGGGACGGAGCUUUCAACAUGAAUGUCAAAUCCCAUCUGUGGUUGAUGCACGCGGCUAAGAAACACCUCGAUGAGACUGAGGGAGCUUUCAUCAGCACUGCCUCUGUAGGUGGCGUAAUCCCUAGCGGUAGCUCUCUGGCGUACUCCGUUACCAAGGCUGCACAGAUACAUCUCAUGAAAGCGCUAGCGAUCAUGGCAGCGCCUAAGAUUAGAGUCAAUACCGUAUCUCCUGGAUUACUACUCACCGAGUGGGCCAACGUGUUUUCGGACGAGACCAAGGAGAAGCAUCGGCAGAAUACUAAGCUCAAGCGAUUCGUCACGGUCGAGGAUGUCGCGGAACAAGUGCUAGUCUUUGCGAAGACUAAGAGCAUGACGGGGGUGAACGUGGUGAUGGAUGCCGGUUUCAUCCUAUGACGCUUCUAUGGUUGAGAAGGGAGAUGUAGGUAGUGGUACACUUGUUGAAUCGCCUACAAAUGAUCGUUUUGGUAACGAGGACAGGCCAACAUUAACUUAAGUGGUAGUAUUAGCUAGUACCUCUAGGUAGUAAAUAGGUAGUUAUAGUAUUUAACUUCUAAGGAGAUGACUAUCCCUAGUAAACCAACGGUAACUUAGCACGUGCGUUGUUGCAAUCGGGUUCUGCCUUCCCGCUCUACCAAAAUUACGAAUACC